AUGGAGACUGACAGCCGGUCAACCAAUAUCAAACGUCUCCACGUGAGAGACAAACUCUCAAACGAAACAUUCUUAGUAGAUACAGGAGCGGAUAUUUCAGUCAUUCCUAAACCAAAAGGUUGGCAACGGAAACCAACGAAACUCAAGCUGUACGCCGUCAGCAGUUCACCCAUCGAUAUUUUCGGCGUGACUCGCCGCGAGCUAGAUGUCGGCUUCCCUUACAAACUUUCCUGGAACUUCACAAUAGCUGACGUUCCACUUUCAAUUAUAGGAGCCGAUCUUCUCUCGCAAUAUCACCUUCCAGAUCUCAAACUCAAGAAGCUGGUGGACGGCAAUCAAUUCGUUCACGCUCCAGCGUUUGCUAAAUCCGUACAGCCACUUCAAAUCUCAUUAAUCGCUCCUAAUCAUAAAUAUGCAAAUAUCAUUAAUAAAUUUCCGAGAGUUUUUGGUUCCAAUCAAUUUAGCUCAACAAAGAAACGUGGUAUUUUCCACUACAUACUUACAACCGGACCGCCAAUCGCACAAAGGGCUCGUCGUUUAGCACCUGCCAAACUGAAGGCAGCUAAGAGGGAGUUCCAAAGAAUAUGCGAGCAGAAUAUUUGUCGUCCUUCAAACAGUGAUUGA